UACGAAUACAGUGAACAGCAAUGAGACUGCUUUAUUAUUUAGUUAUUUACGACUGAUUGACAAUCAGAAAGAGAAUGGAGUCAUCUGAACGUCCUGUGGAUGUGGAUUAUCAUGGAAUUUUGUUGAGACUCACUACUGAAGGAGGCACAAACAAUGAAAAGAACAGCCUCAACUGCCAAGUGUUCGAUCUAUUACCCGAAAAAUUAAAGAGAGAGAUAGAAGAAUCCUGCAGUGAUGGAGGGGACACAGCUGACAGUCGUAAAUACCUCCAGACAAUUCUCCACGUCUUGGAAGAUCUCCAGAUGAAUGUCUUAUCGAAAAGCGAGACAUUUAUGAGUGUUAACGAGUACAGAUGUGUGAAAAUAGCAAUUGAGCAGGUGAUAUCCUUGGGAGUCUUCCCCGGCCUGAUUCCUGGUAUCUCGAAAGAACUGAGAGCACUCUACCCAUCCGUCUUGGACCUCCAGGAAGACCUGACUGAUUUGGGUAAAUACAGCAGACUGUCGACGACAGUGAGAGCAAUGGUGAGGAUGUUUUCAGAGAUUUCAUUGAGACCAGCCAUUUUAACUCAACUGGGGCCCCUCCUGGGGGCUCUCGUUCAGCUCUCUCAUGCACCGCUGAUGAAGCCAAAGUCUCAGGACAACGUUGAACCCUCAAAGUUCCAGAUGACCCCUGAACUCUACGACAAACUACAAAAUGAACAGAUGGAGUUCAAGAGAAUCCUCACUGACAUCGUAAAUAAUUGUCCUCAGUCUGCUGUCAUCAAGGAGCUGAUGGUCCUGUUCGGUCUCCAGAACAUUCCCCAGUGGGUCAAGAAAAACGUCAAGCUCUACCUGAUCAAUUUGAUAAUGGAACCGACAGGAGUUUACUCACUCAUAGCAGCGACCUGUCAGGACACUGUAGACCUGGGAAUACACUGGGAUAGACUGGAUACGAUAUCAAAAUUGAUAGCUAUGAAUCAUGGGAAUAAUCCUGAAGAGUAUUACUCGACUGUGUGCUCGCAGCUGCUGGAGCUUUUGUCGUCGACAGCUGUGAGGAGCUCUCCAGACAUCGCCAGGACAUGCAUAAGAACUCUCCAGGAGGUUCACCCUGAGGUUAGCAAGACUAAGAUCAUCGAUAAGAUUUGUGAGCCACUUUUGACAACUCCUGGUACAUCUGACGUUGGGUCGAGGACCAGGGGAGAGGUUGAGAUCUCCAAGUGCUUGGAGAACCUCACGAAAUUGUUCAUCUCCACUGACGCCAACUUCAAAUGCCUUCCGAUAGAUUUAAUAGCAGAAACGGCGGUUCCUCUAUUCUGCAUUUACAAAAAGACGUGCCAGAGCCCUUGUCUUCUCAGGUUAAAAUCGAAAGAACUAUUAAUUAAUCUGCUGAACUCAUCUGACUUAAGGGAUAAAUUAAUUUGUGCGUUUCUGGGACACGACAUUCACCCAGGAAAUUUUGGAGGACAAAUGAAGUUUGAGUUUGGUCCUUCAGGAGGUCUAGAAGUCACAGGAGAAGUGGAAGAAGUUAAUCCAGAGAAUUCUGCCGACUGUCUCUUCGAUCUCGUGAAAGAUUCUCCCGACUUGCCCUGGCACCUCUUCAAUUACUCCCAAUCCUUCUUCUGCAAGAUCAGAAAACGUGAGGCUAAUGUUCUGGACCGGUUGGAGAGUCAGCUGGUGGUGAUGAAGCUACUCCUCAGUCUCGCAAACUGCAAAAGUGUCCAGGAACAUCAGCUGAGGCAUCCGGAGCAUCUCAUCGGUUUCAUAACGGAAUUAUUCGAGGAAUCUUUCGUGUCUCCAGGGGAUGACGAUCACGUGGACAUUCUCUACGUCAGUUUGAUGCUGAUCAAGGAGAUAGUGGCGGAGAGGAAGAAGCCUAAGGAUUGGAGCUGGACGCCUUUCGAUAAUUUAUCUAGAUUCCUCAAGGAGAGGCUCACCAACUGGAAAUGCCCGGAGCACCUGAAAUCUCUGAUUGUCGAGGUGCAACAGAUCGUCAGACAGAGGGGAGUUACUCCUCGUUUUGAAGACCUCAGUGUUGAGGAGAGCAAUGAAAGUCCCUUUGACAAAGCUCUGAAAGACCUCACAGAUCCAUUGCUGCCAGUGAGGGCUCAUGGAUUGAUCAGUCUGACGAAAUUAAUCGAGACGUCGAGUUCAUCGAUCACUGGAAAAUCAGAUCUACUCGUGUACUUGUUCCAGCAAAAUCUCAAGGACGAGGAUUCCUUCAUUUAUCUGGCGUCGAUCAAUGGACUGUCCGCACUGGCACUGAAAUUUCCACAGAAAGUAAUCGGUAUUUUGAUCCAGGAGUUCGCAGAUAUGACGAGAGAGUCAGAUUCCACUGGUGUGGCACCAGAAAAUCGUGCAAAACUGGGGGAAAUUCUGGUGAAAACAACUCGAUUGCUGGGAGAUAUGGCACCAGCUUAUAAGACAACACUAAUAAACGGUUUCCUUUGUGCUGUUAGAGACACCGAUCCCAUGGUUCGUGCUUCGAGUUUAUCGUGUCUGGGGGAACUCUGCAACGUACUUGGAUUUUCUCUCGGUAAUGCUGUAAUUGAAGUUCUUUAUUGCAUCGGCUGUAUCAUUGAAACGGAUAAAUUCCCUGAAUGUCGACGAGCUGCUGUUCUAGUGGUCACUUUACUCAUUCGUGGUCUUGGUAAAGAUGUACUCGGAAAUCUUGGGAGUCAACUUUUGCCUGUUUACCGGGCCCUCAAGCACCUCAGGGAUAAUGACGAUGAUCCUGUUUUGAGGCUUCAUGCACAAUUAGCGCUGGAGGAGCUCGAUAGCAUCGUGAAGAGUCUUCUAUUCGUAAAACCUCAGCUUGAGAAGAGCAUUUUUUUGUUGAAUCGAUGAGUCUGUGAUGUUUCAUAAAAAACUAUUCAAGAAAUUAUUUUCUUCAUUAAUAAACGCAUCGAUAGAGCUUUCGAUAACAAAUCAUUAGUUUUGCAUUCGAUGAGUACAAAAAAUUGUAAUCUUUAUUGACAUUUCAUUGAACAUGCGUUAUUUAUCUACUAAUUGAGACCAGCUUCCCUUAAAAUUUAAUCAAUCCCAAUAAAAUAAAUAAUAAAAGUUUUAAUUUAA